UCUCCUUGGGAGGGUUACCGCUGCGCUUCCGGGAGGCCUGGUGGUUUCCAGCGUUUCUCUUCCUCGGAGAGCCGUACAUCUCGAUUGUUCCGUACCGAGGCAUGCAGAAGUUGUUUUCAGCCCGGGAUGGGUGCUUUUGCGCAAGAUGGCGAUAAUGUCUCACUACGCCUUGUUGGCUUCGGCGGCGUAUGUUCGGAUAUUGUGAAAUCAUACCAGUGCAGCAACAACAACACAUGUAGCGUCGGGCUACGGAAGUUGGGACGAUGGCUGCUUGCAGCUUGGUUCGAUUCCUCGAGCAUUCACCCGACGUUUCUCUCCAACCACAUCCAGACGGGUGUGCCGCACACAGUGGAGAUCACAAAAUCUCCCACCCAAUUGUGCCACACGAUGAGCUAGCCGCUGCGCCUGCUAUUCGAGGAGCCCUUCGUGCCGACAUCGCACCACAUCGAGCAUCACAUUACCCCCAAGAUGCCGGACGAGCACUUGCAUCUCACUGUUCCCGACGUCGAGAAGUGUGCAAAGCGGCAUGGCCUGCCUCACAUGGUGGAGCCUUUCGAGCAGGCCUUCUGGCGACACGCGCAGAGGUUGUCCGCGCUGCCUGGUGACCGAUCAGAGGCCGCACUCGCUCUGGCCCCUGACGCCGUCUCCAUGAUGCUUGUCAUCGCGACCGUCGACCACGCCAGCCUCGCGCUGGCGGUUUUAUCGUUUCUUAUCGUGCUGCCAGUGCUCUCGAUGUGGCUCGCCUCGCGCGCUCGGACUCUCGAUGCUACCAUGAACCUCUGGUUCAGCAGGGUGCAGCGGUCGCAGUCGGACCGAGAUGUUCCCUGUGUCUGUGCUGAGAGGGGCAAGCCUAAAAGGGACGACGGGUGAAAGUAUCCAGCGGCACAACGGGCUCGCCGUCUUCGGCGAAGAAGAUUGCUGCUUGAGCACGAGUGCGCUUUUCGCCUGUGGUCUCGCAGGAGUGUGAGGUCCUUUCAGGCGGGCGUGGACGCCUUCGCGCAUCCAUCCAACAAACCCGUCGGAAAACCCGUCGGAAACCCGUCGGAAACCCGUCGGAGUCCCCGUGCGUUGGCACCGCUUGCAUGCGGGUCGAGGCCGCUUCCUCGCUCGGCACAGUCCGACCCUGUAGGCCGCCUGCCCGGUUUUCUUGGGUCCGCCUUAGGCUUGCACAGUGCUCUAGGCGGGGUUUGGCUCUCGCAUGGCCGCCCUAGCUUUUUCAUCUUGUUUCUUUUUGACUGACGCGUGCUUCGCAUCCUGGUUUAGCACAAUAUGAUUUGCCAUUCGUGUUCGCGGGCCUGCUGGGCGCUUCAAUCCAGUUAAGAUGAGGUUAUCAGUCUUCAUUCCUCCUCCCUCUCGUUUUCCUCCCUCGCGCCCGUCCUCCUCCUCGCCCGUUCCCGGUUAAGCCUCUGGCUUAAUAGUAAUUUGGGGAUGUGUUCUAUUAGUCAAGAAGGCGCAUGGGUUUCAACUUGGUAUGCAUUUUGCGUAUUCUUGUCGUGAGUCGACGUGCGAGGCCUCAUUGUAUGAAUGGCCGCUGGGAUCAUGUAGGGAAUCAUGCACACGCAAAGCGCCUGGUCCGUUCUCGUUUCCUCUUCCUCCGCCUCCCGCCUCCUCCUCUCCUCCAUCGGUGGCUGUCAGUUUCGAGCCGCCUGUGGGUGCCGGAUUAGGGACGCAGCAGUCGUUUACGUGAUGGUUUUGCGCGAUCGUCCCCUCCCUCUGGCCUUCCUUCUCC